AUGCGAUUGAGAAAAACACUCAAAUGCUUCAAAAAGCAGUUGAAAAUGAAUGAAUGAAAUCAGUCUGUUAAAGUCGGACAGCAAAUUUUGGAUAGCUUGUGCAUUGAAGCAAAAAGGACUCUACAAAAUAAAUCUUCUGAAGAGGAUGAAAAAGACACUGAAAAUGUUCCCAAAGAAGAUCCUGCACAGAGCAACAUUGAUUUUGCUGCACCAAUAAGGGCUGCAAAUAAUAACGAAGCUCUAAUAAAAGAAUUUGAAAAUAUCGAGUAUGAAGAAGGGAUGGAAGCUUUAUUGUGCCCGAUUUCAAAUGAAUUAAUGACUGAUCCAGCUAUGACUCCAUACGGGCAUUGCUAUCAAAGACAGCAUAUAGAAAUGUGGCUUGAUAAUCAUAACACUUGCCCGUUGACAGGUCAAAUUUUGCGAAAAGAUCAGUUGAUUCCUUGUUUUACUGUAAAAGCAGCUGUCGAGCAAUACUUGAAAAUGCAGGAAAAUAAGAGAAAAAAGGAAUCCAAGGCAAACGAAUAA